AUGGCGGCCUCUGCGGAUGGACUGGUGCGAGUCUACCUGCUCUCUCCACCAGGCGCCAUUGUUUCUCCACAUCACGACUUCGCAUUGGCAGGGGUGCAGAGGCACACUGGGGGCAUUGCGAGCCUUACAAGCGACACCGCCCGGACUUCAGCAACAUGCUGGGAUCUAGAUGCCUCCCAGUGUUCUGUCGUCCCUCCUAGCCUGCUCUAUGCUGGACUUGUGGACGGCUGUGUGGGCAUCUGGUCUGCCACGGGUGCCCUUCUUGCAGAAUUGCCUGGUCACUCGGCACCAGUGACGCUGACACGGUGUCUCAGCACCUUCGGCCGGGAGGAUGAGCCGCAAGACGAGCUUUUCAAUGCACGAGAAGAGCAAGAUUUGGCAUCUGCUUCUAUGGACGGAACGAUCCGAAUAUGGUACACAGGUGUCGGGCUUGGCAUCGGAGGCGAAGGCAGGGGCUACUGCCUCUGCGUUCUAGAGCUUGGAGUGCGGAACCCUGUGGCAGACAUGGUCCUGCUCUCACCGACUGAAGCGGCGGUUGCUACGUGGGACGGCCAGGUCCGUGUGGUCGACCUUCGCGACCGAAUCUGUUGUAAAGCGGUGCAGGUCACCGAAAAUCAGGUACGGUCCCUGUGCAAGUGGCGUCAGAAGGGCGACAGCGACUGGCAGUUCUUCGUUGGUGCUGACGAUGGUGUUAUCUCAUGCUGGGCGCCGUCCGUCUCUGUUACCCCGCAGGGCGUCUCUGGAACAAUGGGCCUGGGGACGUUUUCGGGACUGAUGCACCAGCGCCUGUCGUGGCAAGCGCAUACUAGCCAUGUGGUGGACAUGUUUGUCAUCCAGGACUGGUUGCUCAGCUGUUCCGAUGACAAGCUGGUUCGCAUUUGGGACACCAACUCUGGCGAUAUGCUCGCAGAUUUCCGGGGCCAUGCUGCCGGGCCUGUUUCCGCAUGCGUGGCCUGGAGCGAGGGGCUACUUUGGACCGGAUCCCGCGACGCCACCCUGCGCUCCUGGGACCUGGAGGAGUUGCGAUGCCAAGUCCGCGAGAGGUCCCACAUGGCGAAGUGCGAUGAAGAGUCUUUCCACUACGAGGUGACCUUCUCCCGCCUCACGGCCAAACAGCUGAAGAAGCUGGCGCAGGCGAGAGCUGGCAAGUCGCCAAAGAAGAAGGGGCGGGCUCGCUAA